GUCAGCCGGGGGGCGGGGCCGGCGUGGCGCUUCCGGGAAGAUGGCGGCGGUGCCGGGGAGGCAGCACUAGGGCAGCGGUGCCGGGCCGGGCCAUGGAGGCGGAGGCGGCGCUGGGCCCCGGCGAGCGCUGGGCCCCGGUGGGCGCCGUGUCGGAGGCGGGCGCGGACGAGGAGGAGGCGGAGGAGGAGGCGGGCAGCGCCGGGCCGGGCGCGGGCACGGGGCCGGGCUCGCCCGGCGGCUCCCCGCGCUCGCUGCCGCGGCUGCGGGCUGAGCGGCGCCGCCUGCACGCGGCCCUGCUGGCGCUGGCCUCGCACUUCGCGCAGGUGCAGUUCCGGCUACGUCAGGUGGCGCGGGCGGGCCCCGCCGAGCAGCAGCGUCUCCUUCGCGAGCUCGAGGACUUCGCCUUCCGCGGCUGCCCCGCGCCGCCCGCGCAAGGGCUCGGGGACGCGCCGAGCGAGCGGGAGAAGCAGGAGAGAAUUGAAGUUCAAAAGGAAAAGCAGCGAGAGCUGAUUCUGCAGCUCAAGACGCAGUUGGAUGACUUGGAGACCUUUGCUUAUCAAGAGGGCAGUUAUGAUUCACUGCCACAGUCUGUGGUCAUGGAAAGACAGCGGGUGAUUAUAGAUGAGUUGAUAAAGAAGUUGGAUAUGAACCUGAAUGAGGAUAUUGCAUCAUUGUCCCCGGAUGAGCUGCGUCACCGGGUGGAUGCUGCUAUUGCACAGAUUGUCAAUCCAGCAAGGGUGAAGGAGCAACUAGUGGAACAGCUUAAGACGCAAAUACGGGACCUUGAGAUGUUCAUCAACUUCAUUCAGGAUGAAGUUGGAAGUCCUGGCAUGCUAGAAGAUGGACACUGUGAAUGCUCAGGCAAGACACCUGCAAGUAGCUCCUAUAAACCAAAUAGCAGGCUGCCUCCUGGGAAUAACAGAGUGCACCCAGAGGAUGCCAGAAAGAUGAGAGAAACAGGUCUGCAUCUCAUGCGGCGCAUGCUUGCUGUGCUGCAGAUAUUUGCUGUCAGUCAGUUUGGUUGUGCUACAGGUCAGAUACCCCGCACCCUCUGGCAGAAGGACCAAGCUAAUAAAGACUAUUCCCCUUUAAUUAAGAGACUGGAGCUGUCUGUAGACAAAGUGAAGCAGUUGAUAUUGAAGCACCAGCAGCAGAACCAUGUUGUCAGCUACUCCAGCAUGCAGGAUGUUCCCUUAGGAGGGCGAGAUGAGCUGACUUUGGCUGUGCGGAAGGAGCUGACCAUUGCUUUACGAGACCUUAUGGCUCAUGGGCUCUAUGCUUCUUCUCAAGGGAUGAGCUUGGUGUUGGCACCCAUUGCGUGUUUGAUUCCUGCCUUUACCUCAUCACCACAGACCAUGCACCCAUGGGAGCUCUUUGUUAAGUAUUACAAUACCAAGAAUGGUCGCGCCUUUGUGGAGUCCCCAGCUCGCAAACUCUCCCAGUCCUUUGCCCUGCCUGUGACAGGAGGUGUUGCUGUGACCCCCAAGCAGAGCCUGCUGACGGCUAUUCACACUGUUCUCACGGAACAUGAUCCCUUCAAACGCAGUGCAGACUCUGAACUGAAGGCCUUGGUGUGUAUGGCUUUAAAUGAGCAGCGCCUGGUGUCCUGGGUGAACCUCAUCUGCAAAUCUGGGGUUCUGAUACAGUCUCACUACCAGCCCUGGAGCUACAUGGCCAACACAGGCUUUGAGAGUGCACUCAAUAUUCUCAGUCGCCUGAGCAACUCAAAGUUCAACCUCCCUGUGGAUUUGGCUGUCCGGCAGCUGAAAAACAUCAAAGAUGCUUUUUGACAUGUCCUUUGCAGAUCAGCCCCCACCUCCUCUUAGUAGGCAGCUAUUGAUCUCAAGGAGCUUUUUCUUAAGACCAAGCUUGGUUCAUUUGAGGAUGAUCUUAAAUUUUACUUGAGUGUCUCAAGUACUUGAAUGUCUCAACACUGGAAACCUUCACUGCUCGAAUGCUUGUGAGGAAAUGCUGCAGGCUUUUAGGUUGAGCAACCAACCCCUCAGACCUAUGCUCAUGCAGCUGUUAAGUCAGUGAAGCUGCUACAGCCAUUUGCAGAGGCCCUACCACUAUCAUGUGCUAGAAGUGAGGAGCUGCCUGAAAUGUAAUAAACAAGAGCCUGAUUAUAUAGCCAGUACAUAGGAGCAGUUUCCUUUUUUUUUCCAGAAGCAACACGUAUGCAGCACCUGCACAGUGAGCCCUCACAAUUUUUAGACUAAAGCGGGAGUUUUCAACCUUUUUGGAUCAGUGUACCCCCGGUGGCUGGAUGCAGAGUAGUGUACCCCUGGUGGCAACACAGGGCGGGGAUGGGGAGCGUGGCACGUGGCCAGAUGUGGAGUAGGGGCAACCAUCGCGUGCAAGCUUCCCCCACCUCCCAUGUCCUGCCGGGCGGUGCCUGCACAGCAGUACGGGAUGGUGCAUAGUGGCAUUCCAUCCCCACCAGCCAGCAUGUACCCCCUAGGGCCUUCUCAUGUACCCCUGGGGGUACACUUACCCCUGGUUGACAACCCCUGGACUAAAAGAUACCAUUUUUAGCAUUUUGCUAUUCAGUGCAGGGGGAAGGAGGUAGUGAAAUAGUUUUAACAAAUACCUUGUUGCACUUGAUGCAACCUGGACUGACAUCCCAUCUCCUCUAUUUAUGUAUAGUAUCGAUUAAAUGUAUAAGAGGUCUGGGCCGACAUGGUUACUUGGGUAAAUGUGAUAUCUUUUAUUAGACAAACUGAAUAGUUGGAAAAAUUGUUCUUUGCAAGCUUUCAGGCACAGGUGCCCUUCAGGCAUAGGGAGAGCCUGCUGGUCUUCUCUCUAGGAUCUGAAUAGAAGCUUAAGCCAGUACUCAAAAUGCAAGUCUGUAAAAAUGCAGGUGCAUAGCUGAGAAGAUCAGAGGGGAGGGGGUUGGGCAACAGAAAGGGAAUGCCAACAGAUGAUAAAAUGCAGCUGGGAAAAUAUAGAGAGUUUACUUGGGGUUAUUGGGUGGCAGGCAGGUUAUAAUGUGCCAUAAAUCCAAUGUCUACAUUUAGUCCAUUAUUUUUUGUAUCCAGUAGAUUUACGAAGUGAAGUUCAUAGGCUUGUCUAUGAAAAGUGCUUUGUAAAUUCUGUUUGAGUAUUGGAGAAAGAGUGGCUAUCUUAUGAGAAAUGUGCACCCACAGAUAGUUGGGUAUUUUUGUCUUUUACAGAUUCUUGGUGUGUGUUCAUUCUGGUAUGCAGUUGUUUGGUUUCUUUUAUGUAGCUUCCAUCUGGGCAUUUAAUGCACUGGAUGAGAUGUACAGGCAGUCCUCAAUUUACAGCGUUUUGAGUUGCAAUGUUCUGCACUUACAACACUUAUAAAUUGACACUGUUUCAACUUUCUGACGCCAGUUUCAACUUUACAACACUUGAUCUGACACCAGUGAACAAGUUUGCUGCGUCACUUAUCUCCCUGGAGAACAUCUGUCCAAACUUCAUUGGACACUUCCUUUAAGAAAGCAGACAAGACUCCAGAAAAACCUGCAGCCAAGUCUCCUGAGAUGACUCCAGCCAAGAACCCUUCAAAAAGUCCAACCAAGAGCCCUUCAAAACAUAUCCAGUAAAGUCUCCUCAAAGAAGUCCUUCCAAAUCAAUAUGAUUGCUAUUUACAAUAUAAAUACAUUGAUGUAGCUAUAUUACUUAUCUAUAAUUGAUGGAGUACAAAAUUCUGGAUUAUUUUUGGUGAAAAUAGGGUAUUGGGCCUUGGUUCAGGAGCCAACCCCCAUUUAUAACAUUGUUUCCUAUGGGAAAAUCAGUUCCGAGUUAAGUCGAAACAUUGUAAGACGUGGUUUUCGGAAACCAAUUGUCUUACACCUGGCACCUGCAGAAAUGUAAUGCAGACAGUCCUCAGGUUUAAGAUCCAGGAAUUCCCCCCCCAAGCAACAGCUCAGAGCCUGUAUGCCCUGCAGCUCCUCCCAGCCACUGCCAACAGCGCACAGCCCCAACCCUGGUCUACCCUGUGCCCGCUCUGGACCCGACAGACCAGCUGGAAUCUGUGUGCACAGCCCUGACCCCAGCCCAUCCUGUGCCUGCUGUGGACCAUCCACCCACGCUGAGCCAGUGGCCGGGCACAAGCUGCUGCUGCUCUACAAAGGUCAGGGUGGGGAGUGGCUCCUUCCUCUCACUGCUGCCAGGCCCUUUUUGUUGCAGCUGCCUGGAGGUAUGUCACCAGUUUACUCAAAUUUGGGUCACUCAGUUUACCCAAAUUGACCAAAUGACAUCAGUUACCACCACCCAAUGAUGUUGAAAGACCAGCAAAAGCAUUGCUUACAGUAACAAUGUGGCUCCACUAAUACCUCACUUUACCUAAAGCAGAGCCUUUUGACAACUAUAGUAGAAUGUGGGAAGGGGGAGAACAGGCUGUAGGGGCAUACUGCCUCGCAACAGCCCAGAGACCAUGUGCUUUGAUGCUCCUGGCUACUGCCAACAAUGCACAGCCCCAGCCUGCCCCACACCUGCUCCAGACUCUCUCUGGCUGGGGCGGACGAGCUGGAACCCGCAGUUACAGCUCUGAAUCCAGCCCGCGCUGCGCCUAGUUUAGACCACCUGCCCAUGCUGAGCAGAGGCAGUGGCUGGGCACAAGCUGCUGCUUGAUGUGGGCAAAAGCAAGCCCUCCCCCUCACCACUGCUGGGCCCUUUUUGCUGCAGCUACCCAGAGUCCACAUCUGGGCUGUCCUGUAGCUUCUCGCUGCCACUGUCACUGCUGUCUCUGGGCCACUCAGUGGGGCAGCAGUACCAGUGCAGAGGUGCUGCAGAUCAGCCCUGGUGCAAGCUCUGGGCAGCUGCAGCAAGAAGAGCCCAGCAGCAGUGAAGGCAAGUGUCUGUUUCUGUCCGACCACUGCUGCUGUGGCUGCUGCUCAGAAUAGGCAGGUGAGUUUGGAGCAGGUGCAGGGCAGGCUGGGGUCAGGACUGUGCACAUGAGUUCCAGUUAGUCCAGAGUUGGUCUGCUGUGCUGGGCCAAGUCUGGAGUGGGUACAAGGCAGGCUGUGGUUGGGGCCAGUCAGUACCAUGGGGCUGGGGUCAACAACGGCAGCAGCCAGUAGCCGCUGCUACCUGGGCUGCCUAGAAAGGCAGUUUAGCUGUGGAGCCACCCUGACCCCACAGCAUGUCCAGGGAGGGGGUGGUCGGAUAUGCCAUAAGCUGGACAGCACCUGGGUCAGGAGGAGCUGAGAGACCCACCGUGGGUUGGACAAAGUCCUUCCACAAGCCAUAUUUUGCCCACCUUGGUCUAGACCCAUUCAGUGUGCUUUGGGUCAUAGGAAGUUUGCUUCUGGUGAUGGGUUGGCAAGGUUCAGUGCCUGUUUGAAAGCUAGGAUAGGUGGUUCUGGAAAGAUAUUUUUAAGAAUUGGGUCUUCUAGCAUGGGUUGUAAUGGAGGAUUUUCUGUAUAGGUUGCAGGGGAAGGUGGCAUGUCAUAACUAAUAGUGUGCAAUUCUUGGGGAUUUUCUUUUUGUACUUCAUCAAUUCUUCACAUGGUAUCUGGGUGGUUCUUUCAAAAGUUCGAUCUGUGUCUCUGGAGGAGUGUCCUUGUUGAGUGAAAGCCCUUUUGAGAUCUGUGGAGUGACAAUUGAGAGUGCUUUCGUCAGUGCAAACUUGGUGGUAUCAGAGGGCUGAGCUGUAUAUUACAGCUUUCUUGGUGUAUUUAAGGUGACUGCUGGGUCUGUGUAGAUAUGUAUGUUUGUCCAUGUGUUGUAUAUGGUGGUUUGUAUUUCACCAUUCUGGAUAUUGACCGUAGUGUCUAAAAAGGAAAUGUUGGUGCUGGAGUAUUCCAGAGACAGUCUGAUGGAGAGGUGAUGAUUAUUAUAUUUGUGAUGGAAAUCAGUUGGAGAUUCCAGGUUUUCAGUCCAAAUGAUAAAGAUGUUAUCUAUAUAUUUUAGGUGUAGCAUAGGUUUGGUGCAGUUCUUGAGGAAUUCUUCUUCCAGGUAGCCCAUAAAAAGGUUGGCUUAUUGUGGGGCCAUUUUGGUGCCCAUAGCUGUACCCAUGGUCUGGAGGGAGUAUUGGUUAUUGAAAGUGAAGUUAUGUGAGAGAAUGAAGUUUAUACAUUCAGUAAUAUCUUUGGGUCUGUACUCUGAGUUGUAAUCUUGCUCUUGUAGAUAUGUAAGGCAGGCUUGGAUGCUAUCCUGGUGUGAGAUGUUGGUAUAUAAGCUGGUAACAUCCAUGGUGGCUAGGAGGGUUUUGCUGUGAAGGUGGUUUAUGUUUUUAAGUUUUCGUAGAAAGUUUGUUGUGUCUUGGACAAAACUUGCUCUUUGGGUGACAAGGUUUUAGGAUGGAUUCAGUGAAACCAGAUAUUUCCUCAGUAAGGGUUCCAUGGUCAGAUAUUAUUCCAUAGUUGGAUAUUAAGAGGUCUGGGAGUAAUUUUUGCUCUAAGACUUGAUUGCUGCUGUUCUUGUAGGAUUAGUGGCUACAGAAAUCCACACAAAUACAGGGAUGUUCUUCAGGUUCUAUGGUGACAGGAUCAAGCAUUCAGGUAUUUUGUAUAAGCAUCUGAACUCCUCCUUGAAGCCUUGGCUGAAUGCCUAGUACACUAUUAGUGCAGGGCUUCAUAGCAGAUGUAUCAAUUGCUUUAGCCCACAUAAACAAUUAAUAUUUUUUUCAGUUACCUUGAGCUAAGUGGCCUAUAUGAUGCAGGAAUACUUGUUCACAUUGCUUUUUACAAAAUUAUGAUAGGUGUAGAAUUUUAAUAUUCACAGUACAAUUGCUGAUUAUGUUUGGUGAUUAUGCUGCUGCAUAACAGCGCUUUCUGUUUAUCUGAGGGUUAAAUUACCUUUGGUAUAGCUAAUUCUGCGCUCAAAUUAGUCGGUGUUUUUGAGGGGACUUAAUCACUUGGCUUUUAGACUGCAUAUGAGAAGUCAUUCCUAUCAUCCAAAACAAAAAAAAUGCUGAGGGUAGAGCUUGGGGUGGUCUAUUUCAGUGGUUCUCAGCCUUUUUAUACCAGGACCCAUUUGUAAACAUUGAUGGCCAGUCCUCACCCAGUACAUAGUUUAAGUAGAAAAUACCCCCCUGGUCCCUCACUCCCAAUCCACUGCCCCCCACCCUGACCCUCCAGCAUGUGGGGACAGGGGGCUCCAAGCAGCCUGUAAGGGUAAGUUUCCCACAUUUUUCUCCUUUAAAUGAGAAUCCAAUUUUAAAGUUUGUUUGAGACCUUUUUGUAUAUUGUUGCGACCCACUUUUGGGUCGUAACUCACGGGUUGAGGAACACUGGUCUAUUUUGUACUUGAAGCAGCUGUGUCCUGAACUUCAGGUAGUCGCUUUGUAUUUGAAGCUGUAAUGUCUCAUUUUGACUUCCCGGCAAAAAGAGGAAUAUUCUGCUCUCAAACCAAGGGAAAAUAGGAAGGGAUUGACAAUAUCCAGUUGUAUACUUAGUAGCUAAAAAGAUGCUAUCAAGGUAAUUCCUUUAUUCUCUCCCUUCCCCCACCCCUUGCCAGUUUCUUUCUGUUGUGUACACACUAGUUUGAUGCAUCAGGCUUGUUAUCCUGAACUUUUUUUCUAUAUAAUCACUGAAGUUGUUCUUGUCCUUGAUGAAGAAACCUAGAAUUACAUAGGCUGAAAACAGACUUGGGCCAUUGAAUAUGGGGGGGCCUGUCUGCUGUGGGAAGUCCAUGACAAAUGUGCUGUUAACUUCAGUAGAACUAGACUCUGCCUCCCUUCUCACUCCCCAAAUGUAUUCUCAUAGUUUAUGCAUGGUUGCAGCAGAGUGAAGAUUUAUCAACUGCUAUAAAGAGGGAGUGGUUUCCUUUACGUAAAAAUCAGUAGUUAGUAAUACAAUCUUCUGUGUGUUUUUAUUGAUAGUCAUAUGUGCAGAAAUAGUUUACUUAGAAUCACAGCUGCUGGUUUUCAUUUACGCAAAAUAGCUUCCACCUCAUUUUCUGAGACGUGAUAAGGUAUGCAUCAUCAAAACAUUGUGUGCAAGGGUAUAAAACAUUUCUCUCUGAACAAGCCACACAAAUUUGACCCUUUACUUUCUUGGAGAGCAAAUUAUGGAAUUAUGAUCUAGAAGUAGGUUUUCAUUUAAAAAUUAUUUCCAUUGAAUGUUCCCAUACUUCUGUGGCUUUUAGUCUGAAAUCUAUGCACAGUUUUGUCAAGUUUGUUACUACUGGCUGAUCUGCAACUGUCCAAAUGUGUGAAGUGUUUGAAUGCUAGAAAGGCCUUUUAAAUGGUUAUAAAAAGCUUGUCUUUGUUCAAUUCCCUCUUCCUUUUUGUUUAUAGUGCUUCUUCAGGAAAAAUUGUUUUGUAUCAAUUAGCUAUUUAUCUCCUAGUGUUUGAUUUUUGGUUGUGUACAUGUGUGCUAGGAUGAAGGUAUUUGUGGAGAAUAGUGGUAGCUAAUCCUGAAAAUCACAGUGGUUCACGUAUCUUGUAUGACCUACUUGUAUUUUAUUUGAUGAAUUGUUUGUUUGCUGUAGCCUCCUUCUUUCUGGCCCUGAAUUGUCAAUGAAAGUGCAGAGCUGCUCCCUCUGGUAGUUUGACACAUGCAUUCUUUAUUCCAAGUAAGUGAAGAUGCUGGAAACAGGAGGCUAAGCCCUGUUCCAGUAGCGUAAUGAAAACAAAGUGAGGAAGAUGCCAAGUCUAGAACACUCAUUCCCUAGCUCAUAGGUGCUGCUUUUUGCAGGUUGGGAGUGGAGCUGGGAGCCCCAACAUUGCUUCCUGAAUCACUGAGAAAACACCAAGAAAGAUCACAGAGGCAGCUAUGCAUCCAGGCAGCCUGCAGCACCCUGCCCCACUGCCAUGCUGUCACUAGACUGGAGGCUGCAGCACGGAGAGUGGCUCAAGCUCCCUCCCAGGGGCCACCGCUGGCCAUAGCAACCCAGAUCACUUCCUUUGGCACAGCCCAACAUACCCCAAACUUGACCCAUGCCUCGGUUUGGUGUGCCAGGGCCAGAUGUUUGGGGAGCCACAAAGGGCCCGAUCCCUGUUGCUGGUGGUAUGUGCAUGCAUGCCUCUGGCUGGACAUCAGGGAAGGGGCCACAGUUGUGCUGCCUCAGCCCCUUCCCUGCGGUAUAUCCCAAGGUGCUUGUGCACCCACUACUGGCCAUGGAGUCUGGGCUGCUCACAGCAGGCAGACUGCAAACAGCUGCACUGGGGUCCAGAGCCCUGGCCCAGCUCCAUGGCCAGUGGUAGCUGCAUGCACACCCCAGAGCAUGCUACAGGGAAAGGCUGGGGCAGUGCAGCUGUGGCCUCUCCCUUGCUGUCUGCCUGGAGGUGCACAUAUACCCGCCACCAGCAAUGAGCCAAGCUAGGACUCUGCAGACCUUGAUGUGGCAGCUUCCAGCCUUCCAUCUGCCUGCCACAGGUGACCUGGUCUCUGGUCAGCAGGCAGUGGGGAGGCUGCAAACUGCUGCACUGAGGUCUGUGGAGCCUUGGCCUGGCACAUUGCUGGUGGAAGAUGGACACACAACUCGGGGUGGGUAGCAGGGGAGCGGCUGCGCUGCCCCACCCUUACUUGCAGUGUGCCCUGAGGCAUGUGUGAAGCCACCACUGACCACAGAGCUGGGCUGGGGCUCCAGAUCUCGGUGCAUCGGUUGCAGCCUCCCAGCUGCUUGCCACAUCUGGCCCAGACUCUGGACAGCAGCUGCUUGCUAUAGAGCCCCAGCUGCUCACAGCAGAACUUGCAGCUUCACCACCUGCUGUGACCAACCCAGGCUCUGGCAGGUGGCAGCUGCCCAGAGCCUGGGCCAGAUCUGGUGUGGCAAGUAAAACUGUCUCAUGUGCCAGGGGUUGCCGACCCUUGUCCCAGAACCUGAUGCAGGGAGUAAUGUAGACUUGCGGAACCCAAGAAUGCGAGAUCCUGAGGCCUUGCAGUUCUGCAAAUCCCACUAUUGUAUUUGUAAUACUAUCUGUGACUGUGACCCGGAGCUUCCACUGCCUGGAUGGUCAUUUGGCACUGAGCGUUUGAGACGCACUGCCUGGCCACUUUUAGUGUAUGGAUAACAUGUAUAAAAUAAUGUAGUGUCCAUUAAACACUGUUGGCUGAAUUGA